AUGGAAGACUCGACCUCUUCGAGCCAAGAAAAGGAAAACCAGCAAGUGGGAGAAGCCGUGCGGCUGUCGGGGGGACGCGCGGCAGCUUCCGCCCGGGAUCCCGCACCCCAGCAGCCGGGGCCCGGCGCAAGGCAGGACUUCGGGGCGCCCCAGCAGCCGGGCCGGGCCAGCAGGGGCGCCCCCGAGUCUGGCAGCGCUCGGGCCGACGCCCUGGGGCCGCCGACUGGCGAGAGGGGCCUGCCUGGAGGCGGGCGGCGGGAGGCUGGCUCCGCGCCGCGUCCGCCGUGCAGGCGGAGCGGCGCGCUCCCUCGAGCGCAGGAGCUGAGAGCCGGCGGCGCCCAGGAGCGGAGCGCCGCGCCGCGGGCCUCGCAGGCCGGCUGCCGCGAGCUCGAGGUCGCCGUGCGGAACGCCAAGGGCUACCUGCUUCGGGUCAGCAGCAAGACUGGCUUGAGCCUAUAUGAUCAUCUUUCUAAUAUGCUGACCAAGAUAUUAGAUGAGCGUCCUGAAAAUGCUGUUGACAUCAUUGAAAAUAUCAGCCAAAAUGUGAAAAUGGCACAUUUUAGUAAAAAGUUAGAUACACUCCAAAAUGAGAAUGAGAUGCUCCCAACAUAUGAAAUAGCUGAAAGGCAAAAGGCUCUUUUUCUCCUGGGACAUUUGGAGGGAGCUGACCAAGAACUGGAAGAUGAAAUAGCAGAAAACUCUCUUCCAAAUGUAAUGGAGUCUGCUUUUUAUUUUGAACAAGCUGGAGUUGGUUUGGGCACAGAAGAGACUUACCGCAUAUUUCUUGCCCUCAAACAACUCACUGAUACCCACCCGGUCCAAAAAUGCCGUUUCUGGGGCAAGAUCUUGGGCCUGGAAAAGAAUUAUGUUAUAGCUGAGGUAGAAAUUCGUGAGGGAGAAGAGGACGAGGAAGUGGAAGAGGAGGAUGUAGCUGAAGCUGAAGAGAGGGACAACGGUGAAAGUGAUGCUGACAGAGAUGAGUUACCCAGGCCCUUCUAUAAGCCCCCACAGGCGGUUCCCAAAGAAGAAACUAGGACAGGUACCAACAAAUAUGUCUACUUUGUUUGCAAUGAACCAGGAAGACCAUGGGUGAAGUUACCAUCAGUCACACCUGCACAAAUUGUUACUGCAAGAAAAAUCAAGAAGUUUUUUACUGGCCGAUUGGAUGCUCCCAUCAUAAGCUACCCACCUUUUCCAGGAAAUGAGAGCAAUUACUUACGAGCACAAAUUGCCCGAAUUUCAGCAGGGACCCAUGUCAGUCCUCUAGGGUUCUAUCAGUUUGGUGAAGAGGAAGGAGAGGAAGAGGAAGAUGUAGAAAGUGGACGAGACAGCUUUGAAGAAAACCCUGAUUUUGAAGGCAUUCAAGUACUUGAUCUGGUGGAAUCUCUAUCCAAUUGGGUUCAUCACGUACAGCACAUUCUCCCUCAGGGUCGCUGUACUUGGUUCAACCCCAUACCAAAACAUGAGGAGGAAGAAGAGGAAAAUGAAGAAAAAGAAGAAAAAGGAGAAGAACCUGACUAUCUGGAACAGGAAAUAGGGCCUCCUCUUUUGACCCCAAUUUCUGAAGAUUUAGAGAUUCUGAAUACACCCGCUUGGACAACACGACUAUCCUCAAGUGUCAUUCCACAAUAUGCUAUUGCUGUCCUUCGAUCUAACCUUUGGCCUGGAGCAUAUGCGUUUUCCACUGGCAAAAAAUUUGAAAAUUUCUAUAUAGGCUGGGGAUAUAAGUAUAGUGUGGAUAAUUACGCACCCCCAGUUCCACCACCAGUUUAUCAAGAAUACUCCAGUGGGCCAGAAAUUACAGAAAUGGAUGACCCAAGUGUGGAGGAGGAGCAGGCUUUCAGAGCUGCACAGGAAGCAACUGAACAUGCAGCUCAGGACAAUGAAGAAUCCGAGGAAGAUGAAGAUGACAACUCAGAAUAUCAUUAGCCUGAUCUGUACCGCUGCAGAAUUAACACAUACAAAGCUCUUCUAUGAGACUAAUUUUAUAUUGGACAGGAAUUACUCAUGCUGCAUGAUUCCUUGAAAAUACCAAACCUGACAUUUCGUAUGUACAACUAUUAUUAUGAGUUGAAAGAACUUUUUUUUUUUUUUUUGGUGGAACCAGGGAUUGAACUCAGGCCCUUGUGCUAGCCAAGCAAGUGCUUAUUCUACUGAGCCAUCUCCCCGGGCCCCUAGAAUCAUUCUCAAUAGAUCAUUAUGUUCUGAUAACCAUGGCUAAAGGGAAACAUACGUUUGCUGUUUCAAAAAGUCUCAC